AUGACGAGAGACGAAGACAAGAGAGCAGGAAUUGUGGUCGACCCCGAGGCUGAUCUGGCCCAUGUCCCCCCGGCGGUGACCAGGCACGCCUCGUUCAAUGACAGCCCAACUAUUCGCGGAGCACCACCAAUGGAGAGCGGGUGGUACGAGAGUCCCCGUAAUUCUGUGUUUGGCGACCGCCGUUACAACCGCCGCGGCGUCAGUGGACGGACGACCUACCCAGCAUAUCGUUUCUCAACCCAGUCAGCUCCUGCCAUGCCGCCAACAGGAAUCUCACCGCCUCCAGCGAAUAUAGGAGCCAAGGACGAGGUCUACAUCACUCUGUCAGAAGAAGAAUGUGAUAUGCCUACCAGGCGCCGGUACAUCACAAAACUAUGCAGGGCAACACUAGUCUACGGCUCGCCAACUCAUAGAAUAGUCCCGUACAUCCAAAUGGCAGCCCGGGCCCUGGACAUGGAUAUAUACAUUCUCUACGUCCCCGACAACAUCAUCGUCGCAUUUGACAGCCCAGACGAAAGCAACAGCAAAGGGAUCUACCAGCCAACAGAGGUGAAGCUGAUCCAGGGAGCCGGCACCCACGUGGGCAAGAUGCUGGAUGCCCACGAGGUGUACAAGCACGUGCUGCACGGGCGGAUGUCCGUCUCGGAGGGAAUCCAGCGGCUGGACGACAUUGAGCGGCGCAACGACGAACACAACGUGUGGUUCAUGUUCAUGAUUUUCGGCUUCGCGGCUGUGGGCAUCGCCCCCUUUGCCUACCGCGCCCGCUUCAUCGACCUGCCCGUCGCUUUCAUCACGGGCAGCCUGCUGGGCGUCAUGCAGCUCAAGUUCGCGCCCUCGCACCCACUGUACGCCCUCAUAUUCGAAGUCACGGCCGCCAUCAUUAUGUCCUUUCUUGGCCGCAUGUUUGGCUCUAUCCGGGGUGCUGACGGCGACCGCAUCUUCUGCUACUCGGCGCUGACUCAGUGCUCCAUCAACCUGCUCAUGCCUGGCUACUGGAUGACCAACGCGGCGCUGGAGAUCAUGUCCAAGAACAUCGUCACUGGUGGCUCAAGGAUGAUGUAUGCCUUGAUCUACUCGCUCCUUCUCGCUUAUGGAAUCGCUAUUGGCUCAACCCUCUACGGCUACAUGGAUUACGAUGCUGUUAGCAACCCCCGCUGCGAGAACCUGAUCGACCGGAGGUGGAAUCUGUUCUUUGUGCCUUUCUUUUCGGUCCAGGUGUCCAUCAUCAGUGGGGCAAAGUAUCGACAAAUCCCAGCCAUGGUCUUUAUCUCAUUCAUGGGCUACCUAGUCAACUUCCUAUCAGUAGACGUAUUCCACGGGUCCUUCACCAUCGCCCACACCCUGGGUGGCUUCAUGAUCGGCCUGCUGGGUAACCUCUACUCCAAGUUCGGCUGGCAGGUGGAGCACAUCAUCUAUGACCGGGGGUUCAGCAGGGGCAACAACGCUGGCCGGCGAAGGAGCCGUAUCAGCCUGGGCGCGUCUCAGGGGUUUGCCCUCGCCGCCGCGGGGAUGGUGCCGGCCAUGAUCGUGCAGGUCCCGUCGGGACUGGCCAACACGGGCAUCGUUGCCGCGGGCCUGCAGACGGCCGACGCCAUCGUGCGCAACACCACGGCCAACAACAUGGCGUUCCCCCUCGGAGAGCUCCAGCUCGACGCUAUGCCCAUUCUGCUACAGGUCAUCCAGAUCGGCAUCAGUAUUGCCAUGGGACUGUCACUGGCUGCCCUGAUGCUGUACCCGCUGGCAAAGAAGAGGAGUGGAGUAAUGGCGUGGUGA